AUGCCCUUUUUUAAAGCCUGGAACGCGUCAAGAACAGCCAAGAAAGCUGUUAUGGCAAACAGUGUGGCGGAAUUGGUGAGGAAAGGUACGUAUACUAUAUAUACUAUAAGGCUAGUUUCCAUUCAGGAAAAUUAUCCGUGGAUUGGAAUGGACAAGAAAAUUUUUCUCUGUCUUGUGAGCUCUGGGUUGGAACUAAUGACUUUAACAGAAAGAAAAAUUUUCUUGUCCGUUCCAAUCCACGGAUAAUUUUCCUGAGUGGAAACUCAUAUAGCCUAUACUCUUUAGUCAGAACACUAAUCAUUAAAGUCUAAAGUAACUUGGUGACGAAUUUUGAUGGCCAAGAAAGUAUAUUUAUCGACAUAGUUCAAAAAGCCGUAUAGACAUCCAUCCAUGCUUCUGGAAUAUAAGCCCCCUCCCCCCAUAUUGGCAAUAUGCUUUAAGCGGCGGGUAAAAUGGCGAUUUUCGAUUUUGUCCGCGAUCUUACGACUGCAUACAAAUACACUCGAUGACAUGCGCCAGCGAGAGAAAAUCGCGGGACAAAUCGCCACGAAAAUCUUUAUAUAAGAGGCGGGAUGGAACGUUUGCCGGGACGAUUUUUCAUCUCUGACUCUAUAUGAGAUUGUUUUCAGCCGUGACGGUUACAACCGGGACGUUUCAGAAAGAAACUUGGAUGCUAAUAGUGAAAAUACAAAAGGUUUCCCAUUUCCGCUUGUUUACUGUAAUUACGGUGCCCGUGCCAUUUUUGCACCGCAUUAUAUUCUGCCUGUGAGUUUGCCCGUUUCUUUGUUAGUGUGUUCGCAUCAAUACGUUUCCUUAAUCGCCCAGUAAAAAUUCCUUACACGUGCUCGAAAUUUAUUCAUUUUGCGGGAAAAUUAAUUAAUCUUGUACUCUCAGGAUCGACAAGGAUAACAAUACCACUGUUCGAAUCAGCGUGGAAAGUUGUAUUUAUGGAUGGAAAAUUGAUUUCAAAAUUGAUUUGAUGAUUUCUAUUCUAGCUAGCGAUUUAUGGCCUUUGAACGACAAGCCGCUCAAAAUAAUCCUUCACGUUUUCCGAAUUUCUUUUCUCGACUCACGAUCGACUUUUUGCUUUUUAUGCGCCCAAUAUUCAAUAAGGACAAAAGUACCACCGUUCGAUUCAGCGUAAGAAAUGAUACUUACAGAUAGCAAAUGUAUUACUAUUAAACAACAGUAUUCUAGCGAUUUGAAUAUGGCCUUUGAAAGACAAGCGAAAUUGUAUUGUUCACAAAUCGCUCAAAAUUAUUAAACUAAUUAAAAAUGCAACACAUUUGACCUAAUGAUAACUUUCGUAUUGUUGGUUUUCUCUUUUUCGGCCGUAUACCAGUGGAUUUGUCUCACUUUUCUCUUUAUUUUGUUAGUAGUUUGAGCCAAAAAUAUUAUAUUUUGAAGGUAUUGAUGUGCAGAUUUAAUAAGCGGCGAAAUUAUAUUGUUGACAAAUCGCUCAAAAUUAUUAAACUAAUUAAAAAUGCAGUCCGUUUGACCAUGAUAACUUCGGAAUUGUUGGUUUUCUCGUUUUCGGCCGUAUGCCAGUAGAUUCGUAUCACUUUUCUCCUCAUUUUGAUAGUAUUUUGAGCCCAAAAUAUUUUAUUUUGAAGGUUUUAAAGUGCAGUUUUAAUCCUAUGUAGCGUAAAUAUAAACUUUACUUGCAGUUGACUAGUUGUAACACAAAUUUUGAAAUUUAUAGACUCUAGAUCGCCGGAAAUGGCAUUCUCAGAUUCUUCUGUACCUCUUUUGUUACGCCUAUACUAUUUAUAAGUUUAUUUUUACUGGUUUAAUGGACCAUUUGCAUUAUAGACUAAAUUUUGGGUUAGACAAAAAUUUCAUCACGGCUUGAAAGAGCAUCACAAAAUUAGUAACAUUCCAAAGUUUCGUUGCGAAAUGUUGUAAAAUGCGGAUAAUAUAGCCUUGCGAAAUUUGCAAUUUUCAGUCAUUUUGUUUUACAAACGGGAAAUUGAUGCCCCAACACCCGAUUGGGCUGUCAAUUUCCCGUGCGUAAUACAAAAUGACUGAAAAACGGCAAACUUCGCAAGGCUAUAUUAUCCGCAUUUUACAGCAAUUCGCAACUAAACUUUGGAAUAUAUUUACUAAUUUUGUGAUGCUCUUUCAAGCUGUGAUGAAAUUUUUGUUUAUAUUUAUUUAGGCUAUAAUGCAAAUGGUCCAUUGCCAUUGGUUUUGGAAAUCCUUGCAAUUUCCUGUAUUUUAUUUUUGGUAUUUCUACCAGUAAUGGACCUAUUCCUCAAUGAACAAAAUUUUGAUCUAGACAAGUCUAGACAAAAAUUUUAUCACAGCUUGAAAGAGCAUCACAAAAUUAGUACUAAUAUUCCGAAGUUUCGUUGCGAAAUGUAACCUGCGAGCAAAGUCCUCUCGUAUUUCUUCUCAGCACGGCACGGAGAAGCGAGAGAGACUCUGCAGAACUUGAGUAUAUUCUCUUAAAAUGUACGAGUUUUUGUACCAAUUUUCCUUGAGCAUAAUUCGAGCAUAAUAAGCUGUUUUUACGUAUACAUUGCUUUAACGAGCACUACCUUCGGGUAUGAUAGCCAUAUUCUCGAGCAUAAUUUACCCAAGCCUAUAGCCACCAGAGGUUCUCUUCGCCUCGCGUAAAAUAAAUACGAGCGGGAAUAAGGCGAAAGAUACGAGAACUUCUCACUUCUGGCAACCAGGGGCAAGCUGUUGCAACAAGGAAUUUCAACUAGGGUAUAAUAGGGUAUAGUAAAUAUUCCCUUAAGCUGCAUGGAAAAAUCCUUGCAAGUGAAAGCACUGAACUCUGAAGGCACUGCAUUUACUGUGUCUGGUUUGUUCUGUUUUUCUGACUGUAGCGACUACCGAUUUAUCGGCAAACACUGCGAUUAAAUUUCGUACCUUUUAGUUUUAUGCAAUGAAACUACCGAAAAAUUUAUUAUUUCCCUUUGCUACAAAUUAUCAUGUUUAAAAAUAGAGAAAACUGAAUUUUAUCGCGGUAUUUGCGGAUAAAAAAUAACAACAAACUACAGUCAGAAGCGGAAGUGGGACACUUUUUGUAUUUUCACUGUAAGGUCUGUUUACAGGUAAAACGUCGUGCUCCUCAAGCUGAAAUGCCUUAUUACUUAUUGUUUCUAACGCGUUCGGCACAUGAGAAGCACGACGUUUGAAACAGGCUUAAACAACACGGCACGAAAUUUGUAAAUGGACAAACAAACAAACAAGCAAGCAAGGAAGCAAGCAAGCAAGCAAGCAAGCAAGCAAGCAAGCAAGCAAGCAAGCAAACAAGCAAGCAAACAAGCAAGCAUUCAAGCAAACAAGACGCCUGCUUAGGCGUUCACUCCGCUUGCAGGCAACGAAAUAUACAAGAAAUAUACAAGGUCAAGGUUACAAAAUGAGGGAGAGGGUUAUUUCAUUAAGAGUAAAAGGCAAAUACUGAGGAGGUUUCGCUCUCCUGUAUUCUGUAAGAACUUACGAAAGUCCAAAGGCAAAGUUUUUGUUGACAGAGAACAACACAUGCACUUCCGGCUUUUGUAUUCACUAUUUACAUUUCGUCAGUAUUACUGGUAAAAAAAACUACGAAGGUCCUUUAAAACAGUAGCGAUUGAUACACCGGGUGGAAAGCGUAAUUUAACUUAAAAAAUAAAAAUUAAAACCCAGCAAGUCAAGUCAUUUGCAUGCUAGACUUUAAAUUUCAUUUUUAAAUUACGAAGGUCCUCGCUAAGUCGCAUAAGUUGAACAAUAAAUAUGCUUUUUUAUAAACAAAACUUCAAAGGUACAUGUUUUUAGGUGCGAAGUUUCAUCUUAUUGCUAUAUCUACAUUCUGUAAUCAUAUUGCACUUUGUCGCUAUAUUAAUUUGACCUUAAUGGCUUAAAAUAGUGGGCCGGAAUUGCAAAUGACUCCUUAAUAAUUUAUAUUGUGACAAAUUGUGAUCUUUGUCCAUCUUCAGUUACUAUCAAUGACAAUGUAUUGAACUAGGGUACCUGCAAGGUAGGGAUUGCUGCGGGCAUUAAGAGCAAAUAGAAUUAAAUAGAGUCGUAGAUAUGAAAUACGAUAGGAAAAACUUGUGGAAAGAAUGGCACCGGAAAAAUUGGCCGGCUAGAAAAAAUGGCACUGGAAAAAUGUCUGGGGCAGAAAAAAUGGCACCAAAAAGCCUUGUGUGAGAAAUAAAUACUCCUGAUUUCAACUUGUUUUUGAAAUAUGAUUUGGAAUGUCUAUUUGUAACUUCGUAAUAUUGCUUCCGAAGCUUGAGAUAAUGUAAUUGUCGCGAGUUUUCUUCGCGGGUUAGGGACCGGUCAUUAUUUAUGGUUGGGGGUGGCACCGAAGAGAAAUGUUUUUUGUGGCAAAAAUUUUGCUGACCCAACCAUUAAAAACCCAAAAAUUUGAUUACCCAACCUCAAAUAUCGAUUAAAAAAUAAAUACCCACCCCUGGCAAACGGAUACCAUUCAGUUGUCACACAUGUCCUUUACCACUUCUGUGACAUGAGUUUGAUAACUGCUUGUGCAAUUUUCUGCAGUCUAAAAUUUCAUGUUGUCUGCACAUGUACUUUCUUUGGAGACACCAUCUGUCUCUCAAUAUAUCGGAAUAUUAUCAAGAUAGUGACUCCGAUUGAUUCACAUAUUAUAUUGACAUCUGACUGUUGACAGUGCUUUUUGGUCUCCAAUAUUUCAGUGAGUCAUGCUUUGGAAGUGACAAUAAAUUUUUAUUACCCAACGCUUGAGUUGUUUUCUUUUUCAUUUACCCAACCUUUUACUCGCUCAAAAUUUUGUUUACCCAACCCUUUUCUCUUCGGUGCCACCCCCCGCCAUAAAUAAUGACCGGUCCCUUAUUAACAACGAAAGUAGCGGGUUUGUGAUUUUUAAGUCAUAAUAGGUUUGGUAAAGCCACUGUAUACACUAAAAAAUAAAGUUUAAUGCGGUCUUAUUUUGAAGAGAUCAGCCGAAUAGCCGAUGUUUCGUGCAAACAUCCUCCCCCCCCCCCCGGGAAAGAACGCUGAUCUUUUCAAAAAACUUAAUCAGUUGAAUGCCAAAUACAAUCCUCUUUUCAUUACCAUUACCACCAAUACCUAUACAAUCAAACCCUCAUGAUGGCAAGAAUCCUCCCAACUGUUUGUUUUACUGUAAUCCAUCUAGACCCCAGAAAGAUAUAGGAAAAUUAAAAAGUGGAGCCAGAAUCGAAUAUGACAUCAGUACAUGAAAUAUCGCAUGUGUAUCACAUCGUAUGUAUGGCCAUAGGUUAUAGAAUGCAUAGUUCCUAGUAGGUUAUACAGUAACCAAUAAACAACAGAUCAGAUGCUUGGCUUACUGGGCCAGUUUAACCACAUAAUAGUUCGCCAGACAAUCUUCUCUUACAUAACUAGAGCGACCAUUUUUAAAAUUUCGUGUAGGUCGAGAAAAACUAGGAUUGAAAAACCCUACGGAAAACAGAGUUUUUGACCCUGAUGAUGGGACUGAAAUAGACGAUGAUGAAUGUCUUCUUUCAUAUGCCAAGGGCAGCGUUUUCGUCAUUGGGAAAGACUGGAAAGUUCAAUCAUUAGAAGAGCAAGGUGAAAAAGCUGGCUCGUUGCAAAGUGUUGAUGAUUUGGAGUUAAUUGUGCAAUCUCGUACAGACAAAUGUCGUAAAAGAUUGGGGACGGAUGCGGAGAUCAGUGGAGACGAAAGUUGUGAAAGAUUGGGGACGGAUGCGGAGAUUAGUGGAGACGAAAGUCGUGAAAGAUUGGGGACGGAUGCGGAGAUUAGUGGAGACGAAAGUCGUGAAAGAUUGGGGACGGAUGCGGAGAUUAGUGGAGACGAAAGUCGUGAAAGAUGGGGGACGGAUGCGGAGAUUAGUGGAGACGAAAGUCGUGAAAGAUUGGGGACGGAUGCGGAGAUUAGUGGAGACGAAAGUCGUGAAAGAUUGGGGACGGAUGCGGAGAUAAUUUAG